CAUUUAUUUCAAUCUUUUUCUCAAGCAUGUCCAUACAAUGAUUCUCGUACAAGAUUUCAUAUCCAAAAUCACUCCAUUCAUGAAUAUCAAUUUCCAUUACAAAGGAUAAAAUAUUCAUUACAAAAAAAGAGAGAAGAACAAAAUAAACACAAAAUUUGAAUUGUUGACCAAGGGUGACUUUGGUCAACGGUUGACAUUUUAGUCAACUUUGAACAAAGUCAACCCCAUCCCAAAAAUCCUAAGUCUACAAUCUCUGAUCCUAACCCUAUGUCUCAGUCCUAUUUUGAUCCUUGGUUUGACUUUUGUGACUUCAAAAUUCCACUGUUACGCCAUGCCAUGUCCAACCCUUUACUUAGCCAUGUUUGCUCACCCAUCCCACCAUGACCUGCAUGAUAAAUAGUAACAUGUGAAUAAAAGUCAGAAUACAAGCAUGCCAUUAUAAUCCAUAAUGAGUGAAGGCAUGGUGAAGCAAGCCAGAAUUAAAGCAUGCUUGAACCGAGCCAGCAUUCUGUUAAUUACAUGACCCUGCAAUUAUGCGCUUUGCUUGCCAUGAGGAACCAAACCAGUGCCAUUAACCCAGUUGUCCUGCAACAAGAGUUCAACCCACAGAUCAUACUGCAGCCUGUCAAAUGCUGCAAAAUCUAUGGCAUUGACUAUAUACCUGCUGCAGACUUGUACUUGAUCUCAUAAUCACCAUCAUGAGCACCUAGCAUACAAAACCAAAAGUCAUAGCAUAGACACAGUUGAUUCCCCGAAUGUCAAAAAGAUCCCAGCUGCUAAGCCCGGUGAUAUGUCUGUAGUAUAUGUUUGCGAGCUACCUGAGAUUAAGGGAAAGUUUGAUCUGGAGAAAGCUAAGGCACUUGGUCUCAGACCUGGGCCAAAGUAUCGUGAACUGCAACUUGGAAAUUCUGUGAAAUCUGAUCAUCAAAAUGUUAUGGUUCAUCCAAGUGAUGUCAUGGGUCCUUCUAUUCCUGGUCCUAUUGUACUUGUUGUAGAUUGCCCAACAGAAUCUCACUUGGAAGCAUUAUUGUCUGCAAAAUCACUAGCUACUUAUGGUGAUCAAGUGGGAAACAUGUCAAAGAGUGUUGCAUGCGUAAUUCACUUAACUCCUGAAUUUGUUGUAAGUUGUUCAAAUUACCAAAAGUGGAUGAAGACAUUUGGUUCUGCACAGCAUAUCAUGGCUGGACAUGAAAAGAAGAAUAUAGAGGUCCCGAUUUUGAAAGCUAGUGCAAGAAUCGCAACACGACUUAAUUACUUAUGUCCUCAGUUCUUUCCAGCUCCGGGAUUUUGGUCUAGCCCAAAUCAGAAUUGCUCAAAACCUGGCUUUCUUGCUUCAAAGAUUAUUGAUGAGUUGCUGUUAGAGAUUCCAGAGGUUGUGGAAGCAGCUCAGCAUGUCAGUCAGCUCUGGCAAGAUUCCAGUCAUACAACGGAGGAUUUAAUUCCCGGGUCUGAUCACAAGAUGUUGGUUGAGGAGCCAUGGUUGUGUGAAGAUGGUAUGGCUCCUACUUGCUUGGAAAAUAUAAGAAGAGAUGACUUGGAGAUAGUGCUUCUUGGAACUGGUUCAUCCCAGCCAUCCAAGUAUCGGAAUGUGACCUCAAUAUAUAUAAAUCUUUUCUCGAAAGUUGGUUUGCUCUUGGAUUGUGGCGAAGGAUCCCUAGGACAGCUCAAAAGAAGAUAUGGUGUAAGUGGUGCUGAUGAUGUUGUGAGGUCUUUAAGCUGCAUUUGGAUUUCUCGUAUUCACGCCGAUCACCACACUGGGUUGGCUAGGAUUCUUGCUCUCCGCCGUGAUUUGCUGAGAGGAGUUCCUCACAAACCGGUGCUUGUUGUAGGACCAAGGAAACUCGAGAGAUAUUUAGAUGCAUACCAAAGACUAGAAGAUCUAGAUAUGAUGUUUCUUGACUGCAAGCAUACCACAGAAGCGUCAUUGGAUGAUUUUGAGAAUGACUUGCAAAAAACAGUUAAUUCUCAGGAUCUGAGCAAUAACAGUGCGAAAAUAAAUGCAUCCAAAGAUGAUUCAACUUUAUUUGCUAAAGGGUCUCGUAUGCAAAGCUACUUGAAAAUACCAGGUAGUCCUGUUGACAAAGAUGCAGUUUACCCCCUCCUAAGGAAAUUGAAGCAUGUAAUCCGAGAAGCCGGUCUCAAUGCCUUGAUUAGUUUUCCUGUUGUACAUUGCCCACAGUCAUAUGGUGUUGUUCUACAAGCAGAAGAGAGGACUAAUAGUAUUGGAAAAGUGAUACCUGGUUGGAAGAUUGUAUACUCUGGUGACACCAGGCCCUGUCCAGAGCUGAUAGAAGCAUCUCGAAAUGCAACUGUUCUUAUACACGAGGCAACUUUUGAGGAGGGUAUGGUAGAGGAUGGCACUUGAGCGACAGAGGUCCUUACCAAAUCCUUAUCCACGCUGGCCAGGGAUUGAUGCAGCAUCCCUUCCGCCAAAAUCAGUUCCAGAUGCAUCACCACAUUCAAAACUUAUGUCUUCGUUGAGUGACAAUUCUCGACAGUUUCAUUCCCAAAAUUCCGAGUUGAUCUCAGUUAUCCAAGGAUUAUCCGACCGGGCACCCACAGGCUUAAAUAAUAGUGUUACCGGCUGGUCGAAUUAUCCUCUGCAAGCUGGAUUGAGUCCCCUUCAGAAUAAUAUUAACUUGCAUCAUGAUCAAAAUACCAUUUGGAAUUCAACAACAGACAUUUCAAGCACCGAACCAUUUGUCUUUAAAUAACUUAAGAGCUCAACCUGCGGAUAACCCAGCUAGUUCUUUGACAGCAGAGAAGCUACUUUCUUCUGGUUUAGCUCAUGAUCCACAAAUAAUGAAUAUGUUGCAACAGUAAUACUUGCAGCAGAUGCCUUUAUUAGAUAAACUCAUAUUUUUGAAGCAGAAGUAGGAGGAGCAACAGCUGUUCUUAAGGCAACAACAUCAACGACUGCUUUCCAAAAUGUUGCGGGACCAAUAGUCUAGCCAGCUCUUUAGUAAUCCAUCUUAUUGACAGUUGCAGAGUUCACUACCAAUGGGACAUUUGCAGGGUGAUCUUUCUCAUCUUCAAACCCCACAAGAUGCUUUUCCUAUGAGCUCUCAGAUUGCCAAUUCCUAGUGUGCAUAAUGAACUUAGUACUGAUUCUAUGAAUCUGCAUCUUAACGUCAGCCAAGAUGCAAGUUAUACAGGUGAGUAGCAUGUAACUCAAACCACAAUAGCAACAAAGCCAACGGAGUGAGCAUGGCAUGGAAAUGAACCAGGACAAAAGGUUGGAGGCCUUUCAUACUUAAAGAAAACCUCCAGGCACCAAUCUUGAUACUUUAUGACAGUUCAUCUCUUCAGAGGUUUCUUAAGAUCAACCUUGACUUUGAUUCAAAAGAACUUUCCCAUCGUAUCCGUCUCCUUUGGGUCGAUUUCUUCAUACUGACGAAUUAUGCCUCCCAGUUGUUGAGCCAUUGCUUCCAAUCUGAGCUUCAAAGGUAAAUCAUAAACCCUAAUCUAAGACACUCCAUAAUUCAUUUCAAAUCCAGAUGGUUGUUCUUCACCCAAAAACCCCUUGAAGAUUAGAAAGCUUCUUUCAAAAUUCCAGGGACCUCAAUUUAUCACCGUAUCUGCAUCCCGUUUGGAUGAGAAAUGGAAGAAAAAAUGGUUCUUUCCUAGAUCUUGCGCUUUAACUUUAUUCUUGAGUUGCCAUGCUUAAAUCAUUUAUCACCGUAUCUGCAUCCCAUUUGGACGAGAAAUGGAACAAAAAAUGGUUCUUUCCUAGAUCUUGCGCUUCAACUUUAUUCUUGAGUCGCCAUGCUUGAGUCAUUGUUGAUUUGAAAGCCCUAUUGUUGAAAGGGUUAUUGGUCCACAACUUCCCAACGAAGGUUCUGUAAAAGAUAUCAUCACCUAAUUUCGCCUCCCCAUUCACCGAUAUUCAUUCUUCUUCUUUCUCUGAGAGAGGAAUAUUUUUCCACCACUCCAUGAAUUGUAACACCACAGAAAGAAAGCCAAAAGACCAACGAAAAAAUAAUAGAAAAAUACAACCGCACCAUCGAAGAGCUACAAGUAGACACAAAGGGAAAGAAACCUAGAGGGCACCACCAAAAGAGAGGUAAACGGGGCUUGGCAUGGAA